CGCGGGGGUCGUCAGCACAUUUGAACACCGCGUGACGAGCAUGGACGCCGUGUUGUCAUCCGUCGUGGCGGGGAUCGACCAAGGCAUGGCCGUGAUCCAACCCGUCCUGCAAGACCUCAGUGUGUACGCCGAACUGCUCACGCCCCUCAAGUUCGAAGCGGCCAACGCGUACUUGGCAACUGUUGCUGCCACCGCGGGCCUUCCGUUGGAUCAAGUCCGGUACGUUGGGUGCCUCUUUGGCGCGUACCCGUUUGCACUCGUGUUCUCGCUGCUCCCGUCGGCGACGCUCAAGCACAUCUUCUCGCUCACCGUCGGCGUAUCCCUCGCUCAGUUUGUCUUUGGCGCCUCAUGGGUACACACGCUCAUCAUGGCGCUGUCCACGUAUUUGUUGGUGGUGCUUGCCCCUGCGAAAUUCGCGCCUCGUCUCGUCUUUCUGUGGAACAUGCUGUACAUCUCUGCGUCGCACUUGUACCGUUUGUACGUCGACUAUAUGGGCUGGAGCUUGGACAUCACUGGCCCCCAAAUGCUCCUCGUGAUCAAGUUGACUGCGUUCGCAUACAACUACUUUGACGGCGUCGUCGACAUCAAGCGCCUCAACACCCCCACCGAGAACAAGGCCCUCGCCAACGUCUACGCUUCGCGCAAAGCCCUCAGCAUUCCGCAGCUGCCGUCGCUGCUCGAGUUUUUCGCAUACGUGUACUGCUUCCCGACCUUCCUUGCCGGCCCGGCCUUUGAAAUCCGAGAAUAUUUGGACGUCGUGAACGGCGCCAAGAAGCUCGGAAGCGGCUGCACCUUGGCCGCGAUCUCGAAGCUCCUCGUCGGUGUCUUCUUCAUGGCGUUGAUGGUCGUGUUUGGUGGCAAGUACCCGAUCACGCUGCUGUACUCCAAGGAGUCGGGCGCCCUUUCCUGGUACGAACAAGUCGCCACUCUGUACAUCACGCUCUUUUUCGUCAAAUCCAAGUACUACUCGGCGUGGAAGAUUGCAGAAGGCGCGACCGUGCUUUGCGGGUUCGGCUUUGAAGGCGUCGAUGCCAAGGGCGUGUCCAAGGGCUGGAACCUCGUCAGCAACAUGGACGUGUUGGGCUUUGAGCUUCCUCUCUCGUUGCGCGAUGCUUCUCGCGCGUGGAACAAGGGCACGCAGAACUGGCUCGAACGGUAUGUGUAUUCGCGGACGGGCAACUCGCUCAUGGCGACGUACUUCGUGUCUGCCUUCUGGCACGGCUUCUACCCUGGUUACUACAUCUUCUUCAUGAGCGUACCGCUUGCGACGAACGUCGGUCGCCUCGCUUUUAAGCGCCUGCGUCCGUGGUUCCUCAAAGAAGAUGGCAAAUCCGCCGGGCCGUUCAAAAUCGUGUACGAUAUUGUCGGCGGCGUCGCGUCCGUGUUGGCGCUGCACUACCUCGUCAUCCCGUUCCAGGCGCUGAGCUGGGAAAACUCUCUCCAGGCGCUCUCGAACCUCAAGUUUUCGGGCCACAUCAUCCUCGCCGCGCUCUACCUCCUCUUCCAUCUCGUCCCAGUGCGCAAGUUGAAGGCGGCGAAGGUCGAGUAGACUGCCCAAUUCGUAAUAUAAAAUUCCACCCAAUCAGAAACCAGGUUGUGUCAAAUCG